AUGUCGCUCUUCGGUUCCUCUCCCGAGGACUCCCCGCUAGCGAGCAAGGCCGCGCAACCGUCAUCAUCACGGGCGAAAUCAACCCUAUUUGCAGAGGAUGCAUCCUCUCUAUUUGGAGCAGACGAAGGCUUUUCCUCUCAAAACGGCAACAAUAGAAAUACCAGCAAUAGCCACGCUAGAGGUGUUGUUGACAACGGGGAUAACAGACACGACGACGGAUACUCAACGCCCUGGGACAUGCCAACACCAAGGAAAUCUGGCUCGAGACAGCAGAUUGUUAAAACUCUCCUACCUUCCACUGACGUCCCGGAGAGCUAUAUAGAUGCGUUUGACGCGCUGGUUGAGAAGUCUGGCGCUGCCGGAGGCGACGGAGGCAUCGGCGUUGAGGAAGCGAAAAGUCUUCUUGGAAGCACACAUCUGAGUCCUUCAGAGCAGGCAGGGAUUUUGAACUUGGUGACAAACAACGGAGCUCAGCAGAGUCUGGAGAGGAACGAGUUUAACGUUCUCCUGGCGCUGGUAGGGCUGGCGCAGGAAGGUGAAGAUGUCACCUUUGAUAGCGUUGACGAGCGCAGAAAGAGACUACCAGAACCCAACAUUCCCUAUAUUACUCGUGUGCAGACCGGAAAUGCUGGAAAUUCUGGUAAUGGAACAGUUGCUCGACAACCUACGGAAGAGCAGCCCGUUCAGAUACCUCAGACACGCCGUAGGCUACGGCAGGACUCAUUUGGACCGGAAGCAGACCCAUGGGGAAGCCCGGUAAACCGCCAGCCUGCCCACCGCCCCAACCAAGGUGUGUCGAACGGGUUCUCUUCUGCUCAUGAAGCUCCCGAACCUGAGGCAGCCUCGAAGCCCAACACCCGGACCGAACCUCGAAGUUUUGCUGGUCCAAGAUCAAACGAGUCAACCGGUGGCCCCUCAAGUGUUGGAUCUGGAUGGGGAGGCGGUGGGUUUGGGAACCCUUCGUCCGCAAGCGGCUUUGGAAACUAUGAUCAAGGCGCGUUGGGUAGCGGAUUUGGCCAGCCUGACAAUGGACAAGUCAAUUCCAGCCGUAAUGAUUUCUCAAGAUCGUUGGGUGAUGGUCAUAUAAGCAAUCCGGGGAUGGAGGAUGUAAUUACCAUCCAAAUGCUUCCUGAGAAGGAGGGCAUGUUCCUCUUCCAGCACCGCAACUAUGAGGUGAAGUCUGCGCGGAAGGCAACCUCCGUGAUUCGACGGUAUAGCGACUUUGUUUGGCUAGUGGACUGCUUACAGAAAAAGUACCCUUUCCGGCAGAUCCCAUUACUCCCUCCUAAGAGGGUUGCAGUCAAUGGCACUCACCUAUCAGCGGAUUCAAACUCCUUUUUGGAUAAACGUCGCAGGGGUCUUGUCCGCUUUGCUAAUGCCCUUGUGCGUCACCCGGUCUUGAGCCAGGAACAACUGGUUGUGAUGUUCUUUACAGUUCCCACCGAAUUGGCUGUUUGGCGUAAGCAAGCCUCGAUAUCCGUACAGGAGGAGUUUACGGAUAAACCGCUACCCCCAGAUUUGGAGGACUCACUUCCAUCUAACCUGACAGAUACCUUUGAUACCGUCCGCUCUGGUGUUCGCAGAUCAGCUGACAUCCAUAUAAAUUUAUGCCUCUUGAUGGAUCGGCUAGUAAAACGCCACCAAGGACUGGCCGCAGAGCAGUUCCGAGUCUCUCGAGCCCUUCACGCCCUUACUGAAAGCACAAUGGACACAUAUGCCGCUGAUACUAGUGAUGUCCUCCUAUUAAACAACGGCAUUAAUGCGACUGCCAAUCACCUGCAAACAAGUCAGGGGCUGUUAGAAGACGAAGCGAAGGCCUGGGAUCUGGGCGUCCUUGAGGAUCUCAAAGCUCAGCGUGACUGUCUAGUUGCUAUGCGAGACGUAUUCGAUCGAAGGGACCGCUUUGCAAAGGAUAACAUCCCGCAGCUAGAACGACGUAUCGAGAACAACGAGAAAAAGCUCCAGGCCAUCCGCGCUAAGCCUGAGGAGGCGGUUAAACCUGGGGAAGCAAAGAAGGUUGAGGAUGCUAUCAUUAAGGACAAGGAGUCGAUUGUCCAGCAACACGCUCGUGGAGUGUUCAUCAAGGAAUGCAUCCGCGACGAGAUACUCAUUUUCCAACGAAGCCAGUACCGAAUUAGUCUUCUGCACCAGGAUUGGAGCCAGGAGAGAGUCAAGUAUGCAGAACUACAAGCUGACAACUGGCGAGCUCUCACCGAUGUGGUCGAAGGCAUGCCUACUUCCGACUAA